AUGACAAGACAACUUUCUAGAGCAUUGAGCUUAACGGUUAAAAUCGGGAUGGGUGUCUUGUCAGUUAACCACAUCUCAUUCAACCAGGGUGCCAGUCUUCUGCCGCAUGAACCAUUUCAUAUUACUUUCCAGUACAUUGGGGACUCGCUGUCUACUACUCAAUCUGCAAUUGCCCUCUCAGGUAUCGACUCGUACGGAAAUGAUCAUGGAAUUUCCAAAGUCAGCUUUCCUUUUGUCUCUUCUGAACUUUAUGACCUCAUGGUGAUUUCGAAGAAAAAAAAAUACUAUGACCCCUUGCACGACUACACAGCACCCCAGAACUUCAAGCGAGACUACCCCGCUGCCGCCCAUGUCUGGGGCUGGCCUGACCCCGAAGGUCGCUUGUUUGACUAUGUAGUCAGCUAUCAGCAGGUCGUAAACCACCGGUGGAUGUUUGAUGGCAAAGACUUGAAGAUAAGGAUGGAUGGUCAAUGCAAAGUGUCAGGGUACCUCGAGAGUUCGCUCGAAGAAUGGGGAAUGGUGACUGAUGGCCGCGGAGCAGUGAACGCUCAAGCACUGCACUAA